AUGAAGUUACAACCCCGCAAGAAUGCGAUUCUUCCAUCCGACGAAGACGUAAACACACCAUUGUCAAAAGGCACUAAAAGAAAAGCCUCCGGAGAGAAAGUUAAACUCUUGUGGGAGAUUUGGGAACAAGAAGAUCAGAAAUGGAUUGAUGAACGUAAGCCAGAGGAUGUUGAUUUGGAUGAUCAGCAGAACACUUUGAUUGCUGAAACCGCCGAGCCGCCUCCUGAUUUGAUUAUACCAUUACUAAGGCACCAAAAGGAGUUUUUAGCAUGGGGAACAAAACAGGAACAAUCAUUUGUUGCAGGAGGCAUUCUCGCUGAUGAGAUGGGGAUGGGGAAAACCAUACAAGCCAUCUCUCUUGUUCUUGCUAGACGUGAAGCUGCAAGGGCUCUGUUUAGAGAAAUGAUGGGGUGCACUCUUGUAAUUUGUCCUCUUGUUGCUGUUUCUCAGUGGUUAAGUGAGAUUGCGAGGUUUACAUCACCGGGAAGCGCCAAGGUGCUUGUGUACCAUGGGCCUAAGAGAGAGAAGAAUGCUGAAGAGUUCAAGAAGUAUGACUUUGUGUUGACAACUUAUUCUACGGUUGAGACUGAGUUCAGGAAAUGCAUGAUCUCGCCGCGCAAGAAGCAGUGGAAGCCUGUGUUGCAUUCUAUUAAGUGGAAUCGGAUCAUUUUGGAUGAGGCACAUAGCAUCAAAGAUAAAAGUAGCAACACUGCGAAAGCUGUUUAUGCUUUGGAUGCUAAAUAUAGAUGGGCUUUGAGCGGUACCCCUCUCCAGAAUUGUAUUCAAGAGCUUUUCUCUCUGAUUCGCUUCCUGCAAAUUCUUCCAUACUCGUAUUACUUUUGCAGGGACUGUGACUGUAGAAUUCUUGAUAACACUGCGAAUGUAAGCUGUAACAGCUGCCCUCAUAAUGCAGCCCGACAUUUCUGUUGGUGGCACAGGAAUGUGACCAAAACAUAUGCAAACGUGGAAAGGGGAAAGCGGGCUAUGAUAGUAUUUAAGAAAGUUCUGAAAGACAUCCUCAUAAAACGUACUAAAUUGGGCCAGGCAGCUGAUCUUUCUCUUCCUCCUAGAAUCAUCACUCUGAGGCGGGAUGCACUAGACAUAAAAGAGUUUGAUUUCUAUGAAUCACUAUACAAACAAACUAAAGCGGAAUUUAAUACGUAUGUUGAGGCUGGGACAUUGAUGAAUAACUCUGCAAAUAUAUUUGAUCAUCUCAUCCGUCUGAGACAGGCUGUUAAUCAUCCAUACCUUGUGGUGCACAAAAAAGAGCACGAAUGCAGUCUCUGCCACAAACCGGCUGAGGACAGUGUUGUGACUUCUUGUGAACAUGAGUUCUGUAAAGCUUGUUUGAUUGGAAAAGUCAGCUGCCCGAUAUGCUCGAAACUACUGACUACCAACGCUGACACGGAGCAACAGGCGGCAAGCAAGACAGCAGGAUUUAGAGCCUCAAGCAUUUUAAAUCGGAUAAAGAAGCUCGAUGAUUUUCAGACAAGUACAAAAAUAGAGGCUUUGAGGGAAGAAAUAAGGCUUAUGGUUGAAAGAGAUGGGUCUGCCAAAGCAAUAGUUUUCAGCCAGUUCAUAUCCUUUUUGGAUCUGAUAAACUACACUCUCGGGAAGUGUGGAGUUAGUUGCGCACAACUGGUGGGAGACAUGCCCAGGGCAGCUAGAGAUGUUGCCAUCAAUAAAUUCAAAGAAGAUCCAAACUGCAGAAUUUUUUUGAUGAGUUUUCAAGCGGGAGGGGUUGCUCUCAACUUAACAGCCGCGUCACAUGUGUUCAUGAUGGACCCGUGCUGGAACCCAGCGGUUGAGAGGCAAGCUCAAGACAGAAUACAUAGGAUCGGACAGUACAAGCCAAUCAGGGUUGUGAAAUUCAUAAUAGAGAAUACAGUGGAGGAAAGAAUUAUAGAGCUUCAAAAGAAGAAGGAACUUCUGUCUCAAGGGACCGUUGAUGGUUCUGAGGAGGCCAUGAGAAAGUUGACAAAGGAUGAUAUGAGGUAUCUGUUUACCAUCUAUAACUGA